UCCACGUCCCUGGUCUUCGACGCCAGCGGCCACGCGGUGGCCUGUCAGGAGUCCUGCGUCAUCAGCCAGGUGAAGAUCAACACGGGGCAGUGGGGGUCCCCGGUGCAGGUGACCAAGAAGACCGAGGUGACCCUCCAGGUGGCCACCAGCUUCCAGUGCGCAGUGCCCCACAGCCUCACGCAGCUCUGGCGGGUCUACUCCGUGCCGGCCGUGGGGGCCGUGCCCGACUGGAAGAAGACCCUGCCGGUCACCAACCUGGUCAUCGACCAGAACAGCCUGUCCGUGCGGGUUCCCAAGCACGCGCUGGACUGGGGGGUGUACCUGUUUAACUUCUCGGUCAGCAUCACGGUGCAGUCGGGCACCGGGCCCCCCCUGAGCAAGUCCGACGCCGUCUACGUGGUGGUGGGCAAAAGCCCCCUGCGGGCGGUCCUCCUCGGGGACCCCAACACCACCAUCAGCUUCGUGGAGCGGCUGGUGCUCAACGGCUCCACGUCCUCCGACCCCGACGCGGACGACCCGGCCGAGGGCCUGCACUUCUUCUGGUACUGCACCACCAACGAGGCCAACUUCCAGCGGGACAAGGUGGCCGUGCGCAGCGCCGAGGUGUGUGUGGCCCGGCAGGCCGCCUCGCUGCAGUGGCGGACGCCGCCCACCUCGGCGCUGACCCUGCCGCCGCAGACGCUCAAGGGGAACCUGGCGUACUUCUUCCGCAUGGCGGUGGAGAAGGGGGACAGGACGGCGUUCGCCGACAAGCGCGUGAACGUGCUGCGCGGGCUGGCGCCCAAGGCCUGCAUCGCCUGCAUCGAGAACUGCGACACGGUGCUGGUCACCUCGGAGCGCUUCUCGCUGUUCGUCAACUGCACGGGCUGCACCAGCUCGGACGUGUACCGCUGGUCCAUCCGCACGCAGGCCGGGCAGGAGGUGCCCUUCGACUGGGGCGUGCGCACCACCACGGGCCGGGACUCCGAGUACCUGCACUUCAAGGCGCUGGCCUUCCAGGGCUUCACGGAGUCCACCUUCUGGGUGUCCGCGCACGUCGUGGCCUGGAGCGGCUGGGACCUGGUCUUCCGACACGCCUUCGUGGUCAACCACAUCCCGCGCGUGGGCGAAUGCAAGGUGACGCCGCCCCGGGGCGUGGCGCUGGUCACCAAGUUCGUGGUGCGCUGCGACAACUUCCACGACCUCAACAUGCCGCUCACCUACAAGAUCGUCAUCGCCGACCUGUUCGGCUUCGCCGAGAUCAGCUCCCUCAAGGAGAACAACCUGGGCAUCAUCCUGCACCUGGGCACCAAGUCCUCGUCGCGCCCGUCCUUCUUCCCCGUGGGCCCCAAGGCCAACCACUUCGCCAUGCGGCUGUACGCGCAGGUGUACGACGUGCUGGGGGCCUUCUCGCGGGUGACCUUCUCGGCCGCGGUGCCGCCGCCCACGGAGGGCGCGUCCUCGGAGACGCUCCUGCAGCAGCUGGUCAACUUCACCAGCGGCCCCGGCUCCGUGCUGGCCACUCACCUGCAGAGGCGGGAGUACCUGGCCGCCGGCUACUUCACGUACGUCAUCGCCUCCGUCCUCAACAGCCUGAAGGACGAGCCCGCGCUGCAGGCCGGCAAGGCCCAGCUCCGGGAGCACCUGGUCAACCAGACGUUUCUCCUGCCCAUGCGCUCCCUGGUGGAGAUCAGCCAGGUGGUCAUGGUCCUCACCAAGCUGACGCAGAAGGGCUCGGGGCUCACCACCCUGGCGCGGAGGCUGGCCACGCUGCGGCUCUGGCAGAGCAACGAGGCCCUGGGCCCGUUCCAGCACAACACCACGAGCACCCACUCGGAGCAGAUCGAGACCGUGUGCACGGGCGUGCUGACCGGGCUGUCCAACAUCCUGCAGCUGCCGUCCCGGCGGGAGCUGAUCGAGCGGCCCCUGCACCUGAUCGAGACCCUCGCCGACACCGUGCUGGCCGGCAAGGUGCCCGGGAACGAGACCACCGUCCUGCGCAGCAGCAGCCUCAAGAUGUACGUCCGGAAGAUGGAGGCCUGGCAGGUGGGCGAGGUCUGCACCCAGGGGGCCGGCCGCGGCAGCUGCUUCCGCCCCACGGUGAACGCGAGCGCCGUCCCCCUCCUGCCCGCCGGCGCCCCGGUCUCCGCCAUGUUCUGCGAGUUUGCCAAGAACCCCUUCCCGUGGCUGAGCUUCCGGCAGAACAGCUCGGCGCAGGUGGUGGGCAUGCGGGUGACGGGCCGCGACGCCAAGGGGGCGGUGGUCGAGGUGGCGCCCGAGGUGGCCGAGGUGUUCCUCGCCCUGGGGGACGUGAACCGCACGACGUUCAACCUCACCAUGAGCCCCGACAACGGGACCAGGCCGUCCGACCGCUCCGCGGGGCGCACGAUGGGCGCCUUCCGGGUGGAGGUGGACUGCCGGACGCCCAAGGAGCUGCUGGUGCAGGUCAUCACGCCGGUCACCCUGCUGUUCACGGCGUCCGUGUUCGCCGGUGACCAGAUGGAGCCCGACGCCCUGGUGGCCACCUUCCUCGUGCCCCACGACCUCCCGCCGGUGGCCAACCGCAGCGACCUGUUCGACCCCAGCUGCGUGGUGAAGCAGGCGCGCGUGCUGUGCCUGCCGCCGUCCUUGCUGGACGUCAUCGCGCAGCGCAGCCUGUCGGCCGAGUGCAGCCUGGUGGUGCUGCUGGAGGCCCCCCGCUUCCUCCUGAGCCCCAGCGACAAGCUGGUGCGGGUCUCCGUCUUCAGGGCCUACUGCAUGGACAUGGUGGGCGUCCAGAGCGAGUGGCGGGACUACGCCUGCGCGCUGGGCGAGAUGACCACCCUGGACAGGGUGCACUGUGUCCGCCGGCGGCGCAGCCUGAGCCGGCUGGUCCUGCACACCCGCUACCUCACGGCCAAGAUGAUCGUGGCCCCGAACCCCGUGGACCUGCGGCUCGUGACCGUCAAGAAGAUCACGCAGAACCCCGUGGCCCUCUUCACCGUCCUCUUCCUGCUGGUCAUGUACAUCAUCCUCGCCUUCUGGGCCCUGCACAGGGACGAGACGGACCAGUUCCUGCGGCAGUACGUGAUCGUCCUGCCCGACAACGACCCCUACGACCACGUGUGCUACCUGGUCACGGUGUUCACGGGCAGCCGCUGCGGGGCGGGCACCGGGGCCAACGUGUUCCUGCAGCUGCUGGGCACGCAGGGGGACAGCAGCGUGCACUGCCUCAGCCACCCCAGCAUCGCCGCCCUCUACCGGGGCAGCAUCAACAGCUUCCUGCUGGCCACCCGCAGCGACCUGGGGGACGUCCGCGCCGUCCGCGUGUGGCACGACAACGAGGGCGACGAGCCCAGCUGGUACCUGAGCCGCAUCAAGGUGGAGAACCUGUUCAGCCGGCACAUCUGGCUGUUCAUGUGCCGGGCCUGGCUGUCCGUGGACACCGCCGUGGACAGGGUCUUCCACGCCAUGCCCCCGGACCAGCCGCUGCGCAAGAAGGACUUCUUCCUGAUCGACAUGUCGCACAGCCUGGGCAGGAACCACCUGUGGUUCUCCGUCUUCCUCGGCGUCAUCGCCAAGCCCUUCAACCGGCUGCAGCGGCUGUCCUGCUGCCUGGCCAUGCUCAUGGCCUCCCUGCUCUGCAACAUCAUGUUCUUCAACCUCAGCAAGGAGGACGACAGCGAGUACGAGGGCGGCCAGUACGUGCGGGCCAUGAUGAUCGGGCUGGAGAGCGCCGUCAUCACGCUGCCCGUGCAGCUGGCCAUCACCUUCCUGUUCACCUGCUCCCAGCGGCAGCCCCAGGUGGCCCUGGAGGCGGUGACACCCCAGGCGUACCCCUGGCUGCUGGAGGAAGGCGGGCACUGGGAAGACCAUCUGGAGAAGUGGCACAGCCAGCAGGCGGGCGAGGAGCCCCCCAAGGGGGCCAAGCGGGCCAGGCGGGCCAGGGUGGCCCGGGGGGCCAAGGGGGAGGCCAAGGGGGCGCCCCAGGGGGCCGAGGCCCCCAGGAAGCCUGCGCCCAAGAAAGCGCCCCCGGAGCGCAGGUGGCCCUUCGGCACGCCCGGGCUGCUGCACGCCUACGGCUCGGGCGGCUACGCCUUCCACUUCUUCCCCGAGCAGCAGCAGUUCAACUCCAGCCUGCGGCUGGCGGCGCUGCAGAGCAGCAGCUGGCUGGACGACAGGACGUGGGCCGUGAUCGUGGAGCUGACCACGUUCAACGCGGACGUCAGCCUCUUCUGCUGCGUCUCGGUGGUCUUCGAGGUGUCGGAGCUGGGCGUGGUCAACAGCAGCGUGUCCGUGCACGCCUUCGCGCUGGCCGACUUCGACAGGCGGACCUCGGCCGAGGUCUACCUGUACGCGGCCAUCCUGCUCUUCUUCGUGGCCUACACGCUGGACGAGGGCUACGUCGUGGCGCAGCAGCGGGCCGCCUACCUGCGCAGCCCGUACAACCAGCUCAACCUGGCGCUCAAGUGCAUCUUCGCCCUGCUGGUGGUGCUGUUCCUGGCCAAGCACUUCGUGGCCGCGGGCGUGGUGGCCUUCCACAUGGCCCACCCGAGCGAGUUCGCGCCCUUCCACGCCGUGGCGCGCCUGGACCGCCUGCUGAGGGUCGCCCUGGGCUUCCUGCUGCUCCUGACCACGCUCAAGACGCUGCGCUACUCCCGGCUCUUCUACGACGUGCGCCUGGCGCAGCGGGCCGUGCAGACCGCCCUGCCCGGCAUCUGCCACAUGGCCGCCGUGGUGGCCGUCUACCUCUUCGUCUACGUGGCCUUCGGCUACCUGGUGUUCGGGCAGCACGAGUGGAGCUACUGCAGCCUGGCGCACGCCGCGCAGACCGUCUUCUCCUACUGCGUGUCGGCCUUCCGGGACACGGCCUUCGCCGACAGCCGGGGCCUGGGCGUGCUGUUCCUGUCCUCCUUCCUGCUGGUCAUGGUCUGCGUCCUGCUCAACCUGUUCCAGGCGGUCAUCCUGUCGGCCUACGAGGACAUGAAGCAGCCGGUGUACGAGGAGCCGUCCGACGAGGCCGAGGCCGUGUCCUUCCUGUGCCGCCGGCUGCGCACGGCCCUGGGCUUCCUGUCCCCCUCCCGCCCCCCGGGGGAGCCGGACUUCGUGGUGGACAUGCUGUACGGGCAGCCCAGGCAGAGCGCCCGCCGGUACCUGGGGCUGAAGACGCGGAGCAUCAACGGCAAGAAGAUGGUCUACCUGGUGGUCUGA